AGCACUGGAGCAGUGCAUCUGAGAGAGAGAGAUAGAGAGCAGCAGUGUCAUGUCUUCAGGCGAAGAAGUUUCUUCCUCUUCGGUUCCAAAGCGUACCUUAUCGUGCGCCGCCUGCUUUGACGCUCUCUGGUUUUGCUAUUCUCCAGUUCAUCAGAUGCAGCAAUAUUAUAGGCUGGGGACACUUGAUACCUGUGGUGGGAAAUGGAGUGCUCUUGUGGAUUGUUUAACCUUGAAGACAAAGUCGAGAGCUGAAGUGCAGGAAGUCUUGGAGUCUCGUGAGAAAGCCAAGCAUCACAUCUGGACUUUUCGAACCCCAGAAGAAGCAUCAAGUAAUUGGAAUAAACUAUAUGAAGUCCAGCCUUUUGAUACGAGGAAAGAGAAUAAAGAAAGAGAGCAAGCAGCAUAGACGAUAAUGACGGCGUGAAGUAGUCUGAUAGCCAGAUUAGUAACCGGAAUAAUGAUUUAAUUUAAGAUUAAAUUCAAUUUACCCCUCAAUGUUUGGGUCUAAAAUUAGCCAAGUCCCCGAUUUUUUUUAUUUUUAAUCAUGAUGGUCUUUGUACUUC